AAAGUUUCUUCUCUUUGAAUGACAGAACCACAGCAUAAUGCGUGGCUUCAACCUGCUCCUCUUCUGGGGAUGUUGUGUUAUGCACAGCUGGGAAAGGCACACAGGACCCACACUGAAACCAGUGACAAAGGGUAAUAACUGUAGAGACAGUACCAUGUGCCCAGCUUAUGCCACUUGCACCAACACAGUGGACAGUUACUAUUGCACUUGCAAACAAGGCUUCUUGUCCAGCAACGGACAAAAUCACUUCAAGGGUCCAGGAGUGCAAUGCAAAGAUAUUGAUGAAUGUUCUCAAAGCCCCCAGCCCUGUGGUCCUAACUCAUCCUGCAAAAACCUGUCUGGGAGGUUCAAGUGCAGCUGUUUAGAUGGUUUCUCUUCUCCCACUGGAAAUAACUGGGUCCCAGGAAAGCCGGGCAAUUUCUCCUGCACUGAUAUCAAUGAGUGCCUCACCGGCAGGGUCUGCCCUGAGCAUUCUGACUGUGUCAACUCCAUGGGAAGCUACAAUUGCAGCUGUCAAGUUGGAUUCAUCUCUAGAAACUCCAUCUGUGAAGAUGUGGAUGAAUGUGCAGAUCCAAGAGCUUGCCCAGAGCAUGCAACUUGUAAUAACACUGUUGGAAACUACUCUUGUUUCUGCAACCCAGGAUUUGAAUCCAGCAGUGGCCACUUGAGUUUCCAGGGCCUCAAAGCAUCAUGUGAAGAUAUUGAUGAAUGCACUGAAAUGUGCCCCAUCAAUUCAACAUGCACCAACACUCCUGGGAGCUACUUUUGCACCUGCCACCCUGGCUUUGCACCAAGCAAUGGACAGUUGAAUUUCACAGACCAAGAAGUGGAAUGUAGAGAUAUUGAUGAGUGCCGCCAAGAUCCAUCAACAUGUGGUCCUAAUUCUAUCUGCACCAAUGCCCUGGGCUCCUACAACUGUGGCUGCAUUGCAGGCUUUCAUCCCAAUCCAGAAGGCUCCCAGAACGAUGGCAACUUCAGCUGCCAAAGGGUUCUCUUCAAAUGUAAGGAAGAUGUGAUAUCCGAUAAUGAGCAGGUCCAGCAAUGCCAAGAGGGAACUGCAGUGAAACCUGCAUAUGUCUCCUUUUGUGCACAAAUAAAUAACAUCUUAAGCAUUCUGGAUAAAGUGUGUGAAAAUAAAACGACUGUAGUUUCUCUGAAGAAUACAGCUGAGAGCUUUGUCCCUGUGCUUAAACAAAUAUCCACGUGGACUAAAUUCACCAAGGAAGAGACGUCCUCCCUGGCCACAGUCUUCCUAGAGAGUGUGGAAAGCAUGACACUGGCAUCUUUUUGGAAACCCUCAGCAAAUGUCACUCUGGCUGUUCGGACGGAAUACUUAGACAUUGAGAGCAAAGUUAUCAACAAGGAAUGCAGUGAAGAGAAUGUGACCUUGAACUUGGUAGCCAAGGGGGAUAAGAUGAAGAUCGGGUGUUCCACAAUUGAGGAAUCUGAAUCCACAGGGACCACUGGUGUGGCUUUUGUCUCCUUUGUGGGCAUGGAGUCGGUUUUAAAUGAGCGCUUCUUCCAAGACCACCAGGCUCCCUUGACCACCUCUGAGAUCAAGCUGAAGAUGAAUUCUCGAGUCACUGGGGGCAUCAUGACUGGGGAGAAGAAAGACGGCUUCUCAGAUCCAGUCAUCUACACUCUGGAGAACAUUCAGCCAAAGCAGAAGUUUGAGAGGCCCAUCUGUGUUUCCUGGAGCACCGACGUGGAAGGUGGAAGAUGGACAUCCUUUGGCUGUGUGAUCCUGGAAGCUUCUGAGACAUAUACCGUCUGCAGCUGUAAUCGGAUGGCAAAUCUUGCCGUUAUCAUGGCGUCUGGGGAGCUCACGAUGGACUUCUCCUUGUAUGUCAUUAGCCAUGUGGGCAUUAUCAUCUCCUUGGUGUGCCUCGUCUUGGCCAUCGCCACCUUUCUGCUGUGUCGCUCCAUCCGAAAUCACAACACCUACCUCCACCUGCACCUCUGCGUGUGUCUCCUCUUGGCGAAGACUGUCUUCCUAGCCGGUAUACACAAGACUGACAACAAGACGGGCUGCGCCAUCAUCGCGGGCUUCCUUCACUACCUUUUCCUUGCCUGCUUCUUCUGGAUGCUGGUGGAGGCUGUGAUACUCUUCUUGAUGGUCAGAAACCUGAAGGUUGUGAAUUACUUCAGCUCUCGCAACAUCAAGAUGCUGCACAUCUGUGCCUUUGGUUAUGGGCUGCCGGUGCUGGUGGUGGUGAUUUCUGCCAGUGUGCAGCCACAGGGCUAUGGAAUGCAUAAUCGCUGCUGGCUGAAUACAGAGACAGGGUUCAUCUGGAGUUUCUUGGGGCCAGUUUGCGCGGUCAUAGUGAUCAACUCCAUCCUCCUGACGUGGACCUUGUGGAUCCUGAGACAGAGGCUUUCCAGUGUUAAUGCCGAAGUCUCAACGCUAAAAGACACCAGGUUACUGACCUUCAAGGCCUUUGCCCAGCUCUUCAUCCUGGGCUGCUCCUGGGUGCUGGGCAUUUUUCAGAUUGGACCUGUGGCAGGUGUCAUGGCUUACCUGUUCACCAUCAUCAACAGCCUGCAGGGGGCCUUCAUCUUCCUCAUCCACUGUCUGCUCAACCACCAGGUACGAGAAGAAUACAAGAGGUGGACCAUUGGGAAGACGAAGCCCAGCUCCCAGUCCCAGACCUCAAGGAUCUUGCUGUCCUCCAUGCCAUCCACUUCCAAGAUGGGUUAAAGUCCUUUCUUGCUUUCAAAUAUGCCAUGGAGCCACAGUUGAGGACAGUAGUUUCCUGCAGGAGCCUACCCUGAAAUCUUCUCUUCGCAGCUUAACAUGGAAAUGAGGAUCCCACCAGCCCCAGAACUCUCUGGGGAAGAAUGUUGGGGGCCAUCUUCCCGUGGUUGCAUGCACUGAUGAGAAAUCAGGCGUUUCUGCUCCAAAUGACCAUUUUAUCUUCGUGCUCUGCAACUCCUUCAAUUCCAGAGUUUCUGAGAACAGACCCCAAUUAAAUGGCAUGACCAAGAACACCUGGCUACCAUUUUGUUUUCUCCUGCCCUUGUUGGCACAUGGUUCUAAGCGUGCCCCUCCAGCGCCUAUCAUGCGCCUGACACAGAGAACCUCUCAAUACAUGAUUUGUCGCCUGUCUGGCUGAUUUACCCUA